CUGGAAAAGUAGAACUUAAAACGGGAAUAGAAAUGGGUGAGCUAAAAUUUGAGAAAAAUAGAGUUUGUGUAGUAAAAAAUUGUAUAUCAAUUACAUGGAAACCGUUAUAUCUAGAAAUUCCAAAUUUGAUUAUUUUCAAAGAAAAUGAGCUUCGCUCUACAAAUAGUUUACCGGAUUUUGAGAAAAUACAACAAGAUAAAAAGCAGAAUACAAUAUUAGACACAGAGUAUCCUGCUUCACAGACA